AUGAUUGUCGCUCGUGCGCUACCUCAACAUUUAACUUGGGCAUUUCGGGCUCACGUUGGAGAAUUUGGGCCUAACCCUGGAAAAACUUUGGAUGCACUUCAUAAGUUCUGGGAACUUCGGGUGAACUUCGGAGAUUUCCGUUAUGAAGUAGAUUUCUCCUCAGUCAUAUUGUCUAAAAACAAGGGCUGCUAUCAAAGGAAUAAAAAGAAUAAUACCCAUUCGGAUAGUCAACAAUUAGAGAGAAUAUCUAAAGUAUGCUGUAAAGCACCUGAAUUUCGUGAACAAUUAAAUCAACUUGGUUUAGAUUUUCGUGAAGUACCAUCUGAUGGAAAUUGUUUAUUUUCAUCAUUAUCCGAUCAAUUGUAUGGGACAAUAGCCAAUCAUAAAGAAGUUCGUGAACAAGCUGUACUUUACAUAGAAACACAUAAGGAAGAAUUCGAACCAUUUUUUGAUGUAAAAGACAAAUUGAAUAAUCUUCGUUCUCUUGGAACAUAUGGUGGUCAUGAAUGUAUUAUUGCAAUAUCACGUUAUUUCUCAGUUUAUAUUAUUAUACAUCAAUUGAAACAAAAACCAUGGCUAGCCGGUAUUCCCUCUAUUAAUAUACCACAGAUGAGAGUUUCAGCCUAUCCUCAACUUCAUUUAGCUUAUCAUAAUGGUGAACAUUAUUCAAGUGUACGUGUUUUUGGUGAUACUUCAACUAAUCCGACAAGAAUAAAGAUUUGUCUUUCAGUUGAAGAUCCUUUAUCAUCCACAAACAAUAUCACAUCUAGUAAAAUAUCUAUAGAUUAUUUUUCUGAUGAUGAGAACAAUGAUAAAACAUCGAUUAAUUCAUGCGGAAAUACAAGAAGAAGAGUAUCAAGUAAUAAGCAUUCUGAUUGUAAUGUUGAUUUCUUUCAAACUUUCCCAUUCAAUAGAAAGUUAAGCAAAAAAGAUAAACGUCAACUUAACAGAAAAUCUCUUGAAAUGUCUGAUUCCGAUUUUAUUGUGAAGUCCAUAUCUGCGUUACAUAUAUAA